AUGCUGGGGUGCCCCUGUUUGUCGUAUCUACGUCUGGCUCACCAUGCCCAACUGCGCCCUCCCCACCUCUCGUUCCCACAUGCUCCCUUCCUCCCCUCCUCCCCAUCCCCCACCCUUCCCGCCAAUCCCCCCCUCCCCCCCCCGCCCCACCAGGCACACUAUGAGGCAUCGUGUGCGGCGCUGCUGCACCUGCUGGCGUUCAGCGCGCCACCAGCGCUGGCGUCGGUGCGGCAGGCAGCGGUGCGCGUGUGUGCGCGCAUGGCCACUGUGGGGGGCGGUGGUGGCGGGAGAGUGUCACGGGCGCCAUGCUGCUCGGCCUCUCCGCCUAUGUUGAUGCCCCCGGUGAGGCCAGUGUCGGGAGGUUGGGCCGCCUGGCACACGGUGUGGGAGGUGUGGGAGGGGUGGGGGGUGUGGGAGGGCACCCCGCCCCGCCGGCACAGCCCCUUGAAGCCCUCUCUCUCUGUUCCUUACUGCCCUGCCCCGUACGCCGCCCCGUGUGAAGCCCCCUGCUUCCCCACCGCCUGCUCACAUCCUUCAACUCAACUCAACAUGCCUGCGCCCUCUCCUGCCCUCCUUGUCUGCGCCGCCCUACCCUGGGUGCCCGUGUGUGUGCUGCGUGUGCCCUUUGCGCCUGCACCCCACCUGCUCUCUCUGUCUGCACCAGGCGACCACGUGGUGCUGGACGCCUGCACUGCCCUCGCUGCCUCCCUCCUCGCCUGCCUCCACACCCCCUCUCCCGCCCACUCCGCCACGCCCCCAUUCCCGCCCUCCCCCUUCCCUCCUCGCACCCCCUCCCACUGUGCUCCCUUCUCCCCCCUCGUCCACCUCGCCCCUCGUCCCGCCGCUCGCCACCCUCACCGCCCCCUUGCUCGCCGCGCUGUGGCGCCUCCACCUGUCACGCUCCGCACCUGCUCUCCGCAGUCAUGGCACGCAGGCCAGCACGGGUAG